AUGUCCCGUCGAAAGCCCAAUCUGACAUUGGCCGGUCCAGAGACCACGUUGCAAGUUCUUGAUAUGGGAUUGGACUUCCGUUCCUACUUAUCGCGUGUAGACGAUGCAGGCCUCCCUGUUUUGGGAAAUGUAAUCUCUUAUGAGGCUAGUAAAAUACCAGAUGUCUUUGAGCCUACAGUAGGAUUACUUGUAACGAUAUUGCACAUGUAUACACAAAGCACUACCCCGGCGUCUGCUUUUGUUUGGCUUCAAGCUUACGAGGCCAUUCAAAAGUUAUAUUUAGAUCAUGUAGAUCAACAAAAUCAGGAGUCCACAAGGUAUGCUAAUGAAGCACGCAUGACUAUAUUAAACCAUUUGUCCAGUGGUGGGGCGAUUGACAGUAGUGGUCUUUGCGAGAAACUACUACUAUUACUUGAUCAGCAAAGUGGUAUUCGUGGUGCACAGGCCCCAUCUCAAAGAAAAGUUCCAAGAGAGCCAAAAGGCGCGUUUUGUAAUCUUCAUUUAGCGGAUCAAAAGUGUUAUCAGGAUUUUGUUUGUAAUCAGUUACAUCUUCAUGAGGUAGGCCCUGUCAGGCACCGGAUUAAUUUUUUUUUGAGAUUGGUUGAAGUUUUAAAAGCCGAAAAACGUUCAAAAGUGGAAAUACUACAUAGAACAAAGGAUUCUAUGUUUUUUGCCCGCUACGGAAACAAGGUAACGGUUCAAUGUCAUGGAAAAUGGAUUCCUUUUUUUAAGACUGUCUAUACAGACGGCAGGCUUGAGCAGGCCUUUCGAAUACAGCAGUUUUCUUGUAACAAUAAUGGGUGUACCGAUGAACACUGCAAAGGGAUACAUGUACAGGAUCGCCGUGUGGUGUCAUCGAGCAAACAGAUGGAUCUUCAUAAUCCUCAAGCUUUAGCUACCCAAAUUGAAGAAGAGGCGCAGCGCCUUUUUUCAUUAGUGAGUGUUUGUAAAAAUCAGACAUCAGAGGUGCCUCCUUCGCUUUCACUUUCAUCACCCAUGGUAACCAUUGCUUCACCAACUUCAGAGCUUUGGAGAAAUACCGUUCGAGAAUAUGUUCGUCAAACAGGAAUACCGCAGUUACAGGCCGACGAAUCGCUGCUUAGAACAUUACAAGAUGCAAAUAUCAUUGGAACACCUGCUGCUUCAACUGAAAGUUUAACGCCCUUAUUGGAUGAACUUGACUUGCACGCGUUCAAUACCACUAACUCUCCGUGUAACAACGAUGGUUGA